CGGGCGCGCUCUCGGCAUCCUGACGCUCCCCUAACUCGCUGGGACGGCGUGCGCUGUCCCGCGGCCCCGAGCGCGCGCCUCUCCCGCUUUGGCUGCCUUUGCCCGGCCGGCUAUGGCUCCCGACCCGGUUCCGACCCCGGUCCCGGCCUCGGCCCAGCUCCACCAACCGCGCUACUUUACUUGGGAGGAGGUGGCUCAGCACUCCAUGAAGGAGAAGGAGCGGUGGCUCGUGAUCGAUCGGAAGGUGUACAACAUCAGCGACUUCAGCCGCCGCCACCCUGGGGGCCAUCGUGUCCUCAGCCACUACGCGGGUCAGGAUGCCACGGAUCCUUUUAUGGCGUUCCACAUCAACAAGGACCUUGUAAGAAAGUAUAUGAACUCUCUUCUGGUCGGAGAACUGGCCCCGGAGCAGCCCAGCUUUGAACCAACCAAGAAUAAAGCACUGACUGAUGAGUUCAGGGAGCUGCGGGCCACGGUGGAACGAAUGGGCCUCCUGAAGGCCAACCGACUCUUCUUCCUGCUCAGCCUGCUCCACAUCCUACUCCUGGAUGUGGCUGCCUGGCUCAUUCUUUGGAUCUUUGGGACAUCCUUGGUGCCCUUCUUCCUCUGUGCGGUGCUGCUCGGUACAGUUCAGGCCCAGGCAGGUUGGCUACAGCAUGACUUUGGGCACCUCUCAGUCUUCAGCACUUCUACAUGGAACCACCUGCUACAUCAUUUCGUGAUUGGCCACCUGAAGGGGGCUCCUGCCAGCUGGUGGAACCACCUGCACUUUCAGCACCACGCCAAGCCCAACUGCUUCGGCAAAGACCCAGAUAUCAAGAUGCAUCCCCUCUUCUUCGCUUUGGGGAAGGUCCUUUCUGUGGAGCUUGGGAAACAAAAGAAGAAGUACAUGCCAUACAACCAUCAGCACAAGUACUUCUUCCUGAUUGGCCCCCCGGCCUUGGUGCCUCUCUACUUCCAGUGGUAUAUUUUCUAUUUUGUUUUUAAGCAGAAGAAAUGGAUGGACUUGGCUUGGAUGCUCAGCUUCUAUGUCCGCCUCCUCUUCACUUACAUGCCCCUGCUGGGGCUGAAAGGCUUCCUGGGGCUUUUCGUCCUUGUCAGGUUCCUGGAGAGUGUCUGGUUUGUGUGGGUGACACAGAUGAGCCAUAUCCCCAUGCAUAUCGAUCAUGACCAGAAUGUGGACUGGGUCUCCACCCAGGUGCAGGCAACCUGUAAUGUUGAUCAGUCAGCCUUCAAUGACUGGUUCUGUGGCCACCUCAAUUUCCAGAUCGAGCACCACCUCUUCCCCACGAUGCCACGACACAACUACUACAAAGUGGCACCUCUGGUGCAAUCCCUGUGCACCAAGCACGGCAUCAAGUACAAGUCCAAGCCCCUGCUCUCAGCCUUCGCUGACAUUGUUUACUCACUGAAGGAGUCGGGGCAGCUCUGGUUGGAGGCGUAUCUUCACCAAUAGCAACAGUCCUCCAUCCAGGGGAGAAGAGGACAGCUGGAGUCAAAGCGAUCGGAGCUGGAGGAACAAUGCCAUUAUGAAUCGAAUGUUCAAGGGGUUAGGAGAUGUAGUGUUUGUGUUCAUACCUGCCUCCUUUGCCUUCUGAGUACCAAACGUGAAGGGAGAACUGCUGAGGUAGGGAUAUAAAGAUGUUCUCUUGUUUCUUGUACUUUGGCAGAGGUAAAUGGUGGCCCUAUGGAGCCCAGCACGAAGCAGGAACCUCACCCUAGAAUCCCCCUCUUAUCUCACUAGGCUAUGUCUCCGACUCUCUACCCUCUCCAUUAGUCUCUUGGCCUUUGAACAAGAUUUAGAAAGGGGGCAUUCAUGCAUAGCCUGAAACCUGGCACAGUUCCCUGCCCAGCUUAGCUUGCUGCUGAGAGCAGCGUGUGACCAUGUCUGCCUCUGACUGCUGGGAGAAGCUGUUGGCAAGGCAAAGGCCAGGGCUGUUGUUUGAGAGGUAUUUGGCCCUGGAGGAUCUUGGCAUGAGUAAUUCUGGUUUCCUGUUCCAUCCAGGUUUCAGAGAGAACAUGAGAUCCUAGCUCUUGACAAAAUGGAUGGCAGAGUUACUGGCCUUUAAAAAUCUGUUGAUUCACCUCUUUUAACCAGUUCCCAAGGGAUACACAAGCAAGGAAGGGGCUUCCCUCCUCCUGGACAAAUUAGGCUCCCAUACCUGCAGUUUCCUUUUAUGUCACAGACUGUAAUUCUGAGUUCUAGAAAGCGGCCGAAGUUUCCAUCACGAAAGUGUUAGCGCUCUAAGCAGACAUGUCCCUCCAUGUUCCCCGUGUCACGUUCCAGCAUUGUGUAGCACGAUCCCAUGUCACAAACCGUAAAGUUAGUACCAGUGAGGUCUAUGCAUGCCACGGCUGCUCCAGCAAGGCAGCUCCUCUACUUGUUCAAGUGUCUUUUUCUUCUGGAGGCCAGACAAGAAUUUAGGUAACUUCUGACAAAGCUUGUCAGUCUAACAAUAAAAUAGGGUUUUGUAAUCUGGUUUUAUAAAAGGUAAGAAAAUUAAACUCAUUCUCCCAGAGAACAUAGGAGUGUGCCCAGGGAAGCUGAACUCCUGCACAUCCACAUGCGUGCUCCCGUUCCCCAAACCCACGGGCAUUAUUUCAUUGCCUGUUCAACAGUAUUAACCAUCUGUCUGGAAUUAGAGAACCUCAAGCAGAAGGCAAAGCAAAAAGCAUGUUUGUGGAGAAAUGGCCGAUGGUCAAGAUGAGGGUGUUUGUGUUAAAGAUGUUGGGGUAUGGUAUGGUGACCAGCAGGAUUCCUUAAGUUUUCUGUGGGGGUACAGUAGGGUGACAGGCAGGGUUCCAUAAGUUUUCUAUGACAAUGCCCAGGGAGGGGAGGUGGGUAGAAGAGCUCAGAUCUUUCCCAGGGGCAGGCCCUGCUGGAAAACCUGUCUGAAGCAGGCUGGAUAGGAAAAUCUUUAUUGGCUCCCUCCCUCCAGAAUAGGUGCUGUCCCUUCCCAUCCCUGCUCCCGGCCGCCUGGGGAAGGGUGUGACACUACCAGCCUGUCAAGCUCACUGGCUUUGAGCCUUUAGCUGCCAGUCUGAGCUGUUGUACCAGACCAGGUCUUCAGAGCACCUGAACCACUGUGGCCUUCCUUCCUCAGCCUUCACUGUGGCUUUUGCAUAGGCAGGCACAAGGGACAUGGAGUGACAGGACUCAAUGUUGCAGUGGUAAAGUGAGGUGCCUCAACUCCACUGCUGAGAUAUGAAAAUAGGGUUGAGGGAAAGUCACUUUUGCGUAUGUAGAUAGUGGCAAAACAUUUCACCGUAACUUCGUUGACUCCAGCAUCCAUGUUUAUCUUUAUUACCUUUAUCUUUCUACUUCCUGGUCGAAGGCAUUUCCUUCACUUGGGCCUAAUGUCAGCAUAUGUGUGUGCCAAUGUCAUUACUAAAUCCUAAUUAAACUAAAAAAUAAAAACUAAUUUGGACCAAAGGAUGUUGUUAUUCAU